AGUUCUUUGACCUGCUGCUGUGUUGUAGUUUUGACAGCUGGUGUCCUUUUUGGUUGACGUUUACGCUAGAAAAGGACACGUACUUCAUUUUUGUGAGUGUAGUACCCCUCGGUACUUUUUCAUUUAAGGCGGCUCGACGUGUGAAGGUGAUCAUAAUUGAAUGAAGACGAUUUUAGAAAACUACUGACCGAACAUCUGGACGACCUGAUUUUUUUUCAUCAGUCAUGGGUAAUAGCGUCUCGAGCAUAUCUACAUUGCAAAGAGGCCAUCAAAACAAAUUUCAAAGACUCCCAAGCUCUCACAAAGAUUCUUUGGGAGGUCCGUUCCCUGCCACCUCUCACCGGUGUCACCACAAGCCCAAGCGAUGCCUGCCUGUCCAGCAAUGUGCCGGAUUCCCAUCCAGCCCCUUGCUGUUCCACCCCAAUGCCAAGGGCUCCCAGAUUAUCAUGGACCUGUCCCAGAAAGCAGUCAAGAGGCAGGCCAGCUUCUGCAACGCCAUAACCUUCAGCAACCGGCCAAUUGCUCUGUAUGAGCAAGUCAGGCUCAAGAUCACAAAAAAGCAGUGCUGCUGGAGUGGAGCUCUGCGCCUGGGCUUCACCACCAAGGACCCAUCCCGCAUCAAUCCCGACACCCUGCCCAAGUACGCCUGUCCCGACCUGGUGUCCCAAAGCGGCUUCUGGGCAAAAGCCCUGCCCGAGGAGUUCGCCAACGAGGGGAAUGUCGUGGCCUUCUGGGUGGACAAGAAGGGCCGGGUCUUCUACCGCAUCAACGACUCCAGCCCCAUGCUGUUCUUCAGUGGUGUUCGCACCAUCGAGCCCCUGUGGGCCCUCAUUGAUGUUUACGGCCUGACCAGAGGAGUGCAGCUGCUUGACAGUGAGAUCGUGCCCCCCGACUGUCUGCGGCCACGCUCCUUCACCACAGUGCGAAGGUCCUCACUGCGCCGGGAGGCUGACGAAUCUCGGCUCUCCGUCAGCCUCUGCGACCUGAAUCUCCAGGAGGAGCACCUGCAUCUGGCCUCCGCAGCCUGCCCGAUCCCGCAGAACUCGCUCAACUCCCAGCAGUCGCACCUGCUGCCUGCACAUCUGGACAGCGACCUGCACUUCCACCAGCUGCGUGGCGCGCACAUCAAGACGCUGGACGAGCAGACGGUGGCGCGCUCCGAGCACGCCCGCGAGGAGAGGACCCUGGUGUUCACCAACCGGCCGCUCCGCAUUGGCGAGACGGUCUUCAUUAAGGUCACCAAGUCCAGCCCCGCCCGGUCUGGGUCGCUCUCCUAUGGCGUCACUUCUUGCGACCCCAGCGUCCUGCGGCCCAGUGACCUGCCUUACAACCCCGAGUCACUGGUGGACCGCAAGGAGUUCUGGGCGGUGUGCAGGGUGCCCACGCCCCUCCAGAGCAGCGACAUCCUGGGCUUCCUGGUCACCCAGGAGGGUGAGGUCAUCCUUAGCCACAACGGCACAAACGCAGGGAUGCAGGUCUGCGUGGACAACUCCCGGCCCCUGUGGAUGUUCUUCGGCCUGCACGGCGCCGUCACUCAGCUCAGGAUACUGGGCUCGACUCACCUGUCCGACCCUCGAGGGCCAUCCGCCCCCAGCUCCCCCUCUUCCUCUCCCAACACCCCCAUCGGACUGUGCAGCGGGGGCUCAGAGCCAGCCCUGAACAGCAGCUGUUCCGGGGCCUUCUGCAGCUCCGCCGCAGGAACGACUCCCAGCUCUCCGAUCAGCCUUCCCAAGUCCCCAACCUUCCCUUCAGGCUCUGGGUCCUGGAGCGACGAAUGCUCCAUCUGCUAUGAGAACAUGGUGGACACAGUGAUCUAUGCUUGCGGGCACAUGUGUCUCUGCUACACCUGCGGCCUGAAGCUGAAGAAAAUGGCUAAUGCCUGUUGCCCCAUUUGCAGGAGGGCCAUCAAAGACAUUAUAAAGACCUACCGAAGCACGUAGACCCCCUAUUCUCCCUGGGUGUCCCCCUGA